UGCACCAGCGUCAGUAAAACCAUAUCACCAAAACCCUGAUUAGAUUUCUAUCCAUUUCUCUUCUGGAUUAAUAAUGUUGAAGUCGGACAUGGGUCUCGUGGAGAGAAAACUAGUAAGGACGCCUGCGCAGGCGAGCUCGAGAAAAGGGUGCAUGAGAGGCAAAGGUGGCCCAGAAAAUGCUAUGUGCACCUACAAAGGUGUCCGGCAAAGAACUUGGGGCAAAUGGGUGGCCGAAAUCAGGGAGCCAAAUCGUGGUGCGCGCCUCUGGCUGGGGACAUUCGACACCUCCCUCGAAGCUGCCAUGGCAUAUGAUGCUGCUGCACGUAAACUUUAUGGCUCCGAGGCUAAGCUCAAUUUGCCGGACUUAUCCACCAUUAAUAAUUCGCAGGCGCAUCCAGCGACUUCCAACACCACCCAUAUUUCCGAGAAUUCAAGUACCAACUCUACAUCUACUACCUGUUCUUCAAAUAAUAGCGCAAUAAUCAGGGGUGAUGACGAUGUUACGCCGCAAGUACUCUACCAAAAUAGUUCUGCCCUUUCUUUUUCUGGCGAAAACAUGGAGCCCGGAGAAAAACAAGCGGGAUACAAAAACGUGAAUUUCUCCGAGAACAAGGCCGACGGGAUUAAUGGAAUUUGUAUGAACUCAAGCUUCCCAGCCUUUGAUGAAGCAAUAUGGGCGGAGGCAGCCAUGUCACUAGAUUUUCCAUUCAUGGUGGGAGACUCGGGAAUUUUCUCCAGCAACUUGGUUGACGGAAGUGGCCGGGAAACGUUGCAUCCUCAUUGGUGCAUGUAAUCAAGAGUAAAUAUUUAGCUAUAUAUAUAUAGAAUAUAUAUAGAUAGAUAGAUCUAGUGUAUUUAGUGUAUACAUCUGUUAAGUACUAAAGGUUUCGAGUACCUCGUAUGAAUUUGGCUCUUGUAUUUGGCUGUCCACUCUUUCUCUUCCCUUCCUCGUUCUGAAAGGCCGUGCGGAUAAAGCUCUUGUAUCUAUUGAAAUGUCAUGUACGCCAUUCCAAAGUAAAAAAUCAGAAAGAAAAUGAAUCGGUCACCUUCUUGAUCUA